UAAUCUAUGACAAUCAGCUGUUUUCUAUCAAAAAAUAUAUUUCUGUUUUGAAGUAACAACUCAUAAAUCAACAAAAAAAAAACAAAAGACGACCAAGAACCUUAACAAAUGUCCAUUUUUAAAGCACGAGUCAAAGAAUUUGAAGAUGCACUCUCACAAGACGAACUGGACAUGAAAAAUCUAAGGAAUUUAUGCUUCCAUGGCAUUCCUGAUGUAAAUGGCUUCAGAGCACUUUGUUGGAAACUUCUAUUGGGUUAUUUAGGACCAUCCAAAUCAUCAUGGACAUCUACGUUGGCUAAAAAACGAGCUCUCUAUAAACAAUUUAUUGACGAGUUAGUCGUCCAACCAGGUUUAAUAAAAAUGAGCGAAUGCCAUGACCAUCCACUGAGUGAAGGACCUGAAAGUGCUUGGAAUACAUUUUUCAAUGACAACGAAUUUUUAUUGCAAAUCGACAAAGACGUCCGUCGACUAUGUCCAGACAUAUCAUUUUUUCAACAACCAACCGACUAUCCAUGUGAAAUUGUUGUUAAUAGCAAAGGGGAGCGAAGACUGCACCAGCGAGUUGUCCCAUCGGUAUUGAAUUCGGCAAACGUUGAACGCAAAGGACUUGGAAUGACAAAGAUAAAUCUCAUCACAAAGCGUUCCAGCGAAAACUACGUAGCAAUGGAGGAAGGUCAAGAAGCACACUGGGAAGUUGUCCAACGAAUAUUAUUUUUAUAUGCAAAACUUAAUCCUGGCCAAGGAUAUGUACAAGGAAUGAAUGAAAUAGUUGGACCAAUUUAUUAUGUAAUGGCAUCUGAUCCUAAUAUAGAAUAUCGAAAAUAUGCCGAAGCAGAUUGUUUUUUCUGCUUCACAUCACUUAUGGGAGAAAUUCGUGAUUUUUUUAUAAAAACUCUUGAUGACUCUGACUGUGGCAUAAAACACAUGAUGGCCAAACUAUCAACUAUGGUCAAACAAAAAGAUCCUGAUGUUUAUGAUCGACUGGAAGAACAAGAAUUACACCCACAAUAUUAUAGUUUUAGAUGGAUAACGCUGCUGCUGUCACAAGAAUUUCCACUGCCAGAUGUAGUUCGUAUCUGGGAUUCGGUAUUUUCCGAUGAAAAUCGUUUUGAUUUUCUCAUAAAAGUCUGCUGUGCUAUGAUAAUAAUUUUACGUGAACAAAUACUAGAAAAUGACUUUGGUUCGAAUGUGAAACUCCUUCAAAACUUUCCUCCUUAUGAUAUUAACAUAGUUCUAUCUAGAGCAGUAUCGCUAGGUGAUUAAAACUUAUUCUUUUUUUAUAUUAAUUAUAUACUGUAUACUGUGUGUAUAUUUUGCAAUCCCUUGUCAAUUGUACAAAACUUACCAUCUAAGCAGUUUUAUCGAAUAACAUUUAUAAGAACAAACAAAAAAAACACAAUCAAAAUUAAACAAACAAUUCCCGAUUUAUAGAUUUUAAUAAUGAAAAUUCUCAUAUUUUGCCAAGUAAACGCUUUUAGGUAUGACAUUUUAUAUGAAUUUAUACCAUUUAUUAUAAAAUAUUUUUACACUAUGGAACUAAAACAAAAACAAAUAAGCGAAUUAAGUUUAUUAGAAUAACAAAAAUGUAUUACUUUGUUAAGAACAAAACUAAAAAAGAAUAAUUAUUACAAAUAAAUAUUUGCUUUUUAAUAUAUUUUAA